CUCAAUGAUCACCCAAAUAGAUAUUCCUUCUUCCUCUUCUUCUUCUUCUCCUCCGACCCAUCCAUGGACAUACGAUGUGUUCCUCAGUUUCAGAGGAGAAGACACCCGCACAAAUUUCACAGACUUUCUGUAUACUUCUCUGAUACAGAAAGGAAUAUUCACAUUUAGAGAUGAUGAAGAACUUGAGAGGGGAAAGCCCAUAGCUCCAAAACUCUCGAAAGCAAUCGAAGCAUCAAGAUAUGUAAUUGUCAUUCUUUCACGAAACUAUGUCAAUUCUACAUGGUGCUUGGAUGAGCUUGUAAAGGCUGUUGAAUGCAUGAACCUGAUGGGACAAACAAUACUCCCAGUUUUCUAUCAUGUGGAUCCAUCCGAGGUACGAAAACAGAAAGCAGAUUUUGGGGAAGCCUUCUCUAAGCAUGAAGAAGCCUUUAAAGACAAUGAACAGAAUGUGCAAAGAUGGAGAGAUGCACUUAAUCAAGUUUCCAAUCUCUCUGGAUGGCAUUUACACGAUGGUUAUGAAUCAAAAGUUAUUCAAGAUAUCGUAGGAAAGAUUUUCACCGAAUUAAAUCAAACAAUCUCAAGUGUAUCCACAGAUUUAGUUGGGAUGGAUUCUCGCGUGAAAGAAAUGCUUUCUUGCUUAGACAUGGGGCUGCAUAAAGUUUGUGUCAUAGGGAUUUUGGGCAUUGGGGGAAUAGGUAAGACAACUGUUGCAAGAGUUGUUUACGAGAGGAUAUGUGCUCAAUUCCAAGCUUGUAGCUUUCUUGCCAAUGUUAGAGAGGUAACUGAAAAACAAGGCCUAGUCGAUCUGCAAAAGCAACUUCUGUCAGAUAUCUUGCUGGAAAGUAAUGUAAAUGUACAUAAUAUUUAUCAGGGGAUCAGUUUAAUAAGGCAGAGACUACAUACUAAAACGGUUCUUAUCAUUCUUGAUGAUGUGGAUACUGUGGAACAACUGGAAGCAUUAUGUCAUCAUAGUUGGUUUGGUUCAGGGAGUAGAAUUAUCAUAACUUCAAGAGAUGAACAUUUGUUGAGCACAUUUGGAGUGAAUAAAAUGUAUAAGGUUAAGGAAUUAAAUGGUUCUGAAGCUGUUAAACUCUUUAGUUGGAAAGCCUUUAAGAAAGACCAAGUUGGAGAAGGUUUUCUCAAGCUGUCUAAGAAUGUGGUUGAAUAUGCCAGUGGUCUUCCAUUGGCUCUUACAGUGUUGGGUUCAUUCCUUUUUGGUAAAAGCGUAAAACAAUGGUCAAGUGCAUUGGAUAGACUAAAAGAAAAUCCCGAUAAAGGAAUUAUUGAUGUGCUUAAAGUAAGCUUUGACACAUUACAAGUCACCGAAAAAAAAGUAUUUCUGGACAUUGCAUGUUUCUUUAAAGGGGAGGACAAAGAUCGUGUAGCAAAAAUACUAGAAAGUGGCUGCGGAUACUGUCCAGACAUUGAUAUAAAAGUUCUGAUAGAUAAAUCUCUAGUAACUCUAGUUGGAAGAAAAUUGUGCAUGCAUGAUUUGAUACAAGAAUUGGGUUGGGAAAUUGUACGUCGAGAAUGUCGUGAAGAUCCAGGAAAACGUAGCAGGUUGUGGCUUCCCAAGGAUAUCAUCCCCGUACUUGUACAAAAUAAGGGAACGGAUACAAUUGAAGGUAUAUUCCUCAACUCGUUGAAACAGGAGGAUGUUGACUUGAAUGCUAAUUCCUUCUCAAAGAUGUCCAACCUAAGAUUGCUCAGAAUUUGUAAUGUGGCCUCUCCUAGAUCCAUUGAAUAUCUUUCUAGUGAGUUACAACUUUUGGAAUGGCAUGCAUGUCCUUUAAAUUCUUUGCCGUCAAACUUUCAAUCAGAUAAGCUUGUUGAACUCAAAAUGCAUUUGAGCCGUGUCAAACAACUGUGGAAUGGAAAUGAAAGCUGGAGCAUGCUAAAGUGCAUCGAUCUGAGUGAUUCCCAAUACUUGAUCAAAACCCCAAACUUCACUAAAGCUCCAAAUAUUGAGAUGUUGGUGCUUCAAGGAUGUUCAAGAUUGGUUGAUGUUCACCCGUCCAUGGGAGUUCUCAAACAGCUUAUCUUGCUGAAUAUGAGAAACUGCAAAUCUGUAAAGAUUCUUCCGUCUUUCAUUAGUAUGGAAUCUCUUGAGAGUUUAAAUCUGUCCGCCUGUUCAAGACUCAAGAAGUUUCCUGAGAUAGAAGGCAAUAUGGAAAGCCUGUUGGAGCUUCAUCUAGAUGGGACUGCCAUAGAAGAAUUACCUCCAUCAAUUGAACAUUUGACCAGUCUUAAAUUGUUGAAUCUAGGAUACUGCAAAAACCUUUGUCAUCUUCCGAGUACCAUUCAACAUUUGACAUCUCUGAAAACUCUCAUUCUAACUGGUUGCUCAGAACUUAAUGACAUACAUGAGAAUCUGAAUUGUGUGGAAUGUCUGGAGGAGCUUGAUAUAAGUGGAACUGCUAUAAGAGAAUCGUCGUUCAUUGUAGGUUUGAAGAAUCUAAAGUCUCUAUCUUUUCGAGGUUGUAAAAAUCGGCCUUCAAGAUCAUGGCAUUCAGUCUUUAAUUAUUGGUGGCGGGGUAGAAAUGGUCAUGUUCCUGGUAGUUUAUUGUUGCCUACUUCACUUUCAGGUUUAAGUUCUUUGACAAACCUAAACUUAAGUGAUUGUAAUCUGAUGGAUGGAGAAAUUCCCAAUGAUCUUGGUUCCUUGUUCUCCUUAAAAACAUUAGAUUUAAGGCAGAAUAAUUUUGUUGGCUUACCUGAAACCAUCUCCCAACUCUCCAAGCUUGAAUUUAUCAAUGUGAGCAAGUGUAGCAGGCUUCAAUUGCUGCCUAAGAAGCUUCCAUUAAGUCUUCAACGUGUGAAUAUGGAAGAUUGUGCUUCACUGAUAGACUUCCCAAAUCAAAUCAAAAUAUUUGCUUCACCUCUCUUGGGAAAGACUACUAGCGAUUCCCGCAUUUCAUCCAAGCUUCAAGAUUUCAAUUAUGAGAAACAAGAAUGGAGACCAGUUGACGAUUUGCAAAUUCAACUGCUUCAAAGACAGCUUGAAGUAUUGAACUAUAGAUUUACUCCCUUACAAGCAGUUAGUUAUCAAACUGAAAUUCCAGAGUGGUUCAGCCAUAUGGUUACAGAGUGUUCUAUUGCAAUCCAGCCAUCUCCAGAUUUGAGUGAUUAUAUAAAGUUGAUGGGGGUUGCCCUAUGUGCUGUUUUCUCAGUCAAGGGACAUCCUGCUGUCUCUUGCAUUGGAUCGGAUUUAGGAACUUCUUACUUCUAUCAAUGCAAAUUGCCAAUUCAUAAAUUUUUUGAAUCUAAACCAUUUAUCCUUCAUGGCAAGCUACAUCGCAAAUUUGGAACUGAUGAUUUUCUUUGGGUUUUCUAUUUACCUCGUCGGUUCUUUCCAAAUGUGUUAAGUGAUUCAAGUGUAAUGGGUGCUCUAUUUGAAACCAACAACCCGUGCAUGGAAGUCAAGAAAUGCGGGGUUCGUCUAGUGUAUGAGCAAGAUGUUGCAGGGUUUAUCCAAACAUUACUGCAGUGUGUUACUACUGGACCCCAGCCACAUCAAAUUGUCCCUUAUGAUGAUGACUACAAGAUAAUUGAAGAAUGUGAUGAAGAUGGCUUUAAAACUGGAUGGUUUAGUAUAGUGGAUAACGUUUGGAGAUGGGAGAAAUUAAUUCCAGCUUAUGAAGGUGGUGUUCAAUUACCAUUUUGGUGUAACGUCUGGAUAAGGUGUAGGACUGGACUUGCCUUUCUGGCGUGA